AUGAGCGUGGUUUUCGCGCCUCGUGAUUUAACGUGUGAAUUAAAACAAAAAUUAUUAGCCAGUGGUAAUGGUAGUAAUUUAUCCGAUGAAGAACUCGUAUUAUUGUACAAUACAUUUGGUGAUUUAAUUAUGAAAGCAUUGGCGAUUGUUGAAAAUGGCUCAAUCACUCUUGAAAGAUCAAAAUCACAACAUCAAGUAUUUCGAGUUGAAUCACAUUCAAGCGGGUUAAACUACUGUUCAAAUUAUACACGUUAUUGUCGUUGUUUUAAUACAGUGAAAAAGUAUAUUGCUCCAGUUUAUGAGUUAUGGUGUGAGCAUACCUUAGCGAUAUAUUUAGCUGAAAUUAUGGGGAAAAUUAGAGUGGUCCACUUGACCGAUGAGGCAUUGAGUCGUUCUAUGGAAAUGUUAUACAUGCAAGACGCUACUACAAGUUGA